AUGCGCUCCUCUACCAUACGCCCGCUCCUCCGCCCCCUCACACGGACCUUCACAACAGCCUCCCGCCCCCAACUCGCUUUCCGCCCCUCCCCCGCGCCCCCCGCCCUCCCCAAAGAAGAGCAAGAAAUAUUCGAGCAGCUCCAGAAGCAAUCAACCGGCGCAUUCAGCACGCCAGCCUCCCAACCGCGCAUCCAGAUCAACCAAUCGCCCCUCCCCACCCCCGAAGUCAACCAAGCGGACUCCACAUCCUCCGAGGCAAGAGUGACCGUCAACGCCGAGGGCAAAGGCGAGGAACUACAUCCGAAUAUCAGAAGAGGAGCACCGCCUGAGUUUGAGGGCGACGUCAAUCCGAAGACGGGCGAGGUGGGGGGACCGAAGAAUGAGCCGCUCCGCUGGGGGUAUGAGGGGGAUUGGAGCUAUAAUGGGCGGGUGACGGAUUUUUGA